UUCUCUGCACUCCUGAGCGAGCACACACGCGUGCCCGGGCACGAUCCUUCCAUCUGUCUCCCCGGGGGAAUCAAGCUUGUCCACGCUUAACCUCCCAGCCAGGAGGGGAAGGUGGCAGAACCGAGGGAGUGGGGCGAGAACAGGCGUUUGGCACGACCGGAGGCAUCCGAGUCAGCCACCGAUGCUCAAGGGUUUGCUUUCUCCGGGUUUUGACAAGCAGGUGCCGCGGGAUGCCUGCUGGGUCCACUGCAGCCCGGGCCGCGCCGCGGGCUCACUUCGCAGCCUGCUGCCUAGUCUCAGACCGCAGCCCUCUCCGCGCACACCCGGCGUGCUCGCUCCCCAGCCCGCGUCUGCAGGCGGAAGGAUGCGGGGCGCAGGGUUUCCCCCGGCUGUCCAACGUGGGCUUAGGCUGAAGCGCAGGAGUUCCCACGGUCGCACCUCCUGUUUAUCUGCCCGCCCCUCGACCAUCACCACCACCCAAGGUCGUGCCCCUUUAGUGGUGUCGGGGCUCCCAGCCCGAGCAGGGGGGGGAGGGCGCCUCCCUAUCCCCUCCUCCCCAUCCCCGCCUCGGCUCGCGGUUUUACUGCAGCAGCCGGGAACAGCGACGCCUGAGCUACCUCUGUUGCUCUCGGAGCCCCAGCGUCCCCUGCAGUGGGAGAGCGCCCCAUCCUGAGAGGCAGGCCCCCGGAGAAGGGCGAACGAGCUGCAGAACACCAAAAUGUAAAGAGCAGAAGUCGCUGUGCUGCAUUUCUCUGAGGACGAGCCUAAUCACCCAGGACUGCAAGUGGCAGCGUUUGGGAAGUUGGGACCGUAGAGCAAGGGGGGAGGGGAGUGGUGCAGCCGGCAUUCUCUUCUGCCAGGAGUCGCCGGGAGCAGUGCGGUUGGACACAAGUUUGCGUAGGAGUGUUUUCCUUUUGUCAAUAAUUAAUCACCGAAUCGGUCUGGCAGAAUCAGAGUUUUAGCAAUAGUCCGGAGGGCGGGGCCGAACACCUAACUCCGGGAGGCUCAGAGGCGCCAGGCGCAGUGGGAAGCUCACAGCAGCUGGGGAGGAGCCAAAGCCUUGGUGCUCACCUAAGCCGAGGGAAACCCACACCACCAGGAGAUGAAAAAACAGCUGCCCAGAGAGGAAUAACCUACAGCGCAUCGUUCCGUGAAAACAGCAAGGCUGAGAACCCCGACCUGGACCUUCCUGGGCAGGACUCACUUCCUGCAGCUUGAAGGAGCCAACCAUGGAUUUCAGGCGUGUGAAGGAAUAUUUCUCCUGGCUCUACUAUCAAUACCAAAUCAUUAGCUGCUGUGCCGUCUUGGAGCCCUGGGAGCGGUCUAUGUUCAAUACCAUCUUACUCACCAUUUUUGCUAUGGUGGUGUAUACUGCCUAUGUCUUUAUCCCAAUCCACAUUCGCCUGGCUUGGGAAUUUUUCUCAAAAAUAUGUGGGUAUCACGGCACAAUUUCAAACUGAUCUUGUUCGCAUUCUGUGAAAUGGCAUUGCAUAUUUAUAUGUUGCUCACAACUUAUUGAUUUAGGUGAAUAGUGUCUUCUUUCACUAUCUGACCUAAAAAGCACUCUAUGCAUCCAAACCCUGCCUGGAGUUGGAGAUAGAUGUCUCUUUAGCUUCUUUUAUACAAGCUUCACUGUGCAUCAGACCACAGAGAACACAGUGACUUUACUCCACGAAACAUGCUCACACAAUGCAAAUUGAUGACUUCGGAAUUUUUUUUUUAAAUCAGGACAAUUUCAUAUAAGAUUUUUUUCUGGAAAACAGGCUCAUUGGAAACAUACCAGACUCGUAUUUAAAAUACUCCCUUGACACUUAUUUUACAUUGAAAGAGAGAUUUUUAAAAUGUCUUCAUAGGCUACUUUCAGAGGUAUUCUAUCUUUGUUUACAGUGUAUGAAAAGAUGUGAAUAAAUUAGAUGCCACCUCCAAAGUCUCAUUUUCUAGCAAAAUGCCUAUACCUAAAAUUCUUUUACUUCCAAUGCAAAAGAGUAGUGUGGAGGCAAUUGUUUCCACUCAGACAGGGUUCAUAAAUGCUUUCAAAUGCCUCUGAAAGUCUGGGUUUGUAACGGUUUAAAAUCAACAAUGUUGAUUUUAGAUAACCAAGUAAGUAUUAUGAUACAAAAUAAUUUUAAGUGUAAGAAGCAAAAUAUAAUCCAAGUUCAUUCAAAUAUUGUGACUUGUGAUGCUGCCUUGCUUUGCAUGUUGCUGGGGGGAAAAAGAGAAAAGAAAUGGUUUUCUUUCUGUGCUUUCACUCAGUGGAGAGAAAAAAAAAGCAUGUAUUGGGCUCAGGAAGAAAAGCUAAUAAAUAGGCUGGAAGUAAUAUUCUACCAGCAGGAACUCGACAGCUCUGGUUAAAUGCUUUGAUAUAGUGGCUCCUUUGCAGAGCAGAAACAAGAUUUAUUCCAUUUCUUUCUAAGUGUUUAUCUUAAAAACAAGUAUAAGUUUUUAAUUAGACUGCUGAAUCAAAUGUGAAUACCAAAGACCAAGCCUUGCAAUUUUUCUUUCCUCCCAAUAAAUAUCAAUGUUAGUCAUUCUGAAGGGUAAAAAUAUCAUUAGGUUUUGGACAACAUUUGCACCCUAGUUUGUGUCAUGAAAAAGACUGGAGAAGCACUAGAAAGAAAGGUGUUUGGCAUGCCAAAUUCACUUGCAUGUUUGUUAAAACAACAACAACAAUGUUUUGAAGAAAAA